AUGGCCGGCCGGGGGUGCGGCUGCAGCUGCGGCCCGGGCUACCUGAACGAGGACAACGCGCGCUUCCUGCUGCUCGCCGCGCUCAUCGUGCUCUACCUGCUGGGCGGCGCCGCCGUCUUCUCGGCGCUGGAACUCGCGCACGAGCGCCAGGCCAAGCAGCGCUGGGAGGAGCGCCUGGCCAACUUCAGCCGCCGCCACAACCUGAGCCGCGACGAGCUGCGCGGCUUUCUUCGCCACUACGAGGAGGCCACCGAGGCCGGCAUCCGCGUGGACAGCGCCCGCCCGCGCUGGGACUUCACCGGCGCCUUCUACUUCGUGGGCACCGUCGUGUCCACCAUAGGGUUUGGGAUGACAACUCCAGCGACAGUAGGAGGAAAAAUCUUUCUGAUCUUUUAUGGUCUCAUUGGGUGUGCAAGCACCAUCUUGUUCUUCAACCUCUUCCUGGAGCGCCUCAUCACCGUCAUCGCCUACAUUAUGAAGUCAUGCCACCAGCGGCAGCUCCAGAGGCGAGGGGCCCUGCCCCAGGACAGCCUGAAGAACCCCGGCAGGAGCGAGGCAGAUAGCUUGGCCGGCUGGAAGCCCUCCGUGUACUAUGUGAUGCUGAUCCUCUGCGUGGCCUCACUCCUCAUCUCCUGCUGUGCCUCAGCCAUGUACACCUCCAUCGAAGGCUGGAGCUACUUUGACUCACUCUACUUUUGCUUUGUGGCCUUCAGCACCAUUGGCUUCGGAGACUUUGUCAGCAGCCAGAACGCCCAGUAUGACAGCCAAGGUCUCUACCGCUUCGCCAACUUCAUGUUCAUCCUCAUGGGCGUCUGCUGCAUCUACUCCUUGUUCAAUGUCAUCUCCAUCCUCAUCAAACAGUCCGUGAACUGGAUCCUGAGGAAAAUGGAUGGGGGGUGCUGUCAACAAUGCCAGAGGAAACUCCUCCCAUCACGGAGGAAUGUGGUCAUGCCAGGCAAUGUCCAGAACAGAUGCAACAUCUCCAUAGACACGGACGGGGUGAUGGACAGCGACACAGAUGGGCGCCGACUCUCAGGGGAGAUGAUCUCCAUGAAGGACUUCUUGGCCGCCAACAAGGUCUCGCUGGCCAUUCUCCAGAAGCAGCUGUCGGAGACGGCCAACGGCUGCCCGCCCCAGGCCAGCGUGCUGUCCCGGGACAACGAGUUCUCAGGCGGGGUGGGGGCCUUUGCGAUCAUGAACAACAGGCUGGCAGAGACCAGUGGGGACAGGUAGGAGAGAGGACUGGACACUGGGCGUGGGGACCGGGAGAGUGGACACACUGGAGCUGUCCCAUCACCCUCUGAAAACCCAGCCAUAGAAAGCUUUUCUCCUCUAAGGUCUAAAUCGGUCCUAAGAAUGACUCACCAAAGCAGCCCAAGACCUUGGCCCUGUUCCUUUACCCAUAUGCCUCCAGGAUUUGAACUGCCGAAGGGAGGGAGGGUUGAAGUAAGCCUCUGUUUCCUGCUGCUCUGUUCUUCAUUUGGAAAUAAAAAUCCCAAACGAAGGUUAUCCCUUUCCUAUGGAGUCCUGAUUCUGUGAAACCAGAUUCUCCACCCUUCCCAGCCCCUUCGAACUAGUGGGGGGAAUGUCUCACCUGGCAUCUGGGACCUAGGCUUCCUUCAGAACAGAUUCGUCCCCAGUGGCACAGAUAGGGAAGUCACCUGUUCUAUUCACUGUGUCUGCUUCUCUGCUUUUUGCUUUUCCUUUCUCUUAUUGUUAAGAUCUUAAUGCUGGGCUAAGGUGUCUGUGGGACCUCCGUAUGGUAAGAAAACUGAAUUCAGCUUCAGACCUUGAAACUGUAGCCGAGUAGUGGAGAGACGCACUAUUGUAAUGAAAGAAUAUAGCUUACUGUUCUCCCUCCAAAUGGUCACAGAGCCCCUGUCGGGUUUGUUUUGUUUUGUUUUGUUUUUUUUAACCAGGGCUUGGGGCCUAUUGCAGAGAUAAUGGCUGACUAUUUACUAGAACUGAACGUUGAAUAAAUCCUCGCUUUAUUAACUAA